AUGAUAGAUCAGCGGAGUAGAUAUCCUGUCGUGGCAUUCACAAACAAUACCACAGCAAAGAACUUCACCAACAUUUGUAACAAUACCUUUGGACACUUUGAAAAUCCGGAAACACUUGUUUCCGAUAAUGGACGACCGUUUCGUUCCAGUGAAGUGAAAAGAUAUAUGGAAAAGAGGAGAAUAUAUCAUAGGAGGAUUACGCCCCUAUGGCCACAAGCGAAUUCCGAGGUCGAGGGAUUCAUGUUACCAUUGACGAAAAUAAUCUGUACAUCACACAAUGAAAUCAAGUCGUACGUCGAAGAAGUGCAGAGCUUCUUGAUGGCGUACCGUAUAACACCUCAUUUUACAACAAAUAUUCCUCCAGCCGACCUUAUGUAUAAUCACAAAAUACGAUGUGCUAUUCUUGACUUUAUUAGCAACGUUGACGACUCCAUCGAACUACAGCUAAACAAAAAUGACCAAGACAGUACACAAAAAGCAAAAGAAUAUGCCGAUAACAACAGACACACACAAGAACAAGAACUAAACAUCGGUGACCGCGUUCUGGUGAAACAGGAAAAGAUAAACAAAGUGACACCUCCUUUCAAUCCGAAUCCAUACCACGUUACUGAUAUCAAAGGAACGAUGAUCACUGCGAUGAAUAAGGAAACGGAACACCAGAUCACCCGUAACAUAUCUCAUUUCAAACCAAUUCAAGAUACUGCCAAACAUGUGCCAAUAAAAAUAGACACUGAGGAUGAAGGUGAUGAAGACCACCACAUGAUCGUUCACAGACCUGAACUUGAGAAUAGCUGCCCCGAAUCUACCUCUAAAACAACCAUGACAAACAACUCUGCGUCACAGCGAACGUCGAAAGAACCGCAGUCGAGAAAGACAUAUCCAAAACGAUAUAGAAGACAAAUACAAGAAUGGAAAACACACUAA